AUGGCCCAAAUGGCAAUGCACGGUGAGAUCCGGCCAUUGAACAGUGGCUGGCAGGUGAAGCAGUGGCUGUAUGGGAAACAGAUUUGCUUGUUCUAUGCAUUUUGUGGGGUGCUGUUUGGGAUCUGCAGACUCUCAACACUGACAUUACUGAGCAUGUUAUGCUGCCUCAAAAUUAGUUUUCCAUCUUAUGGGAACAGGUUCAAGAAGGAACAUGGUCAAAUCUUGAUAGCCUGUGCUUGGACUUUUGCAGCAGCUUUUGCAUGUUCUCCCCUGGCUCACUGUGGAGAAUAUGGAGUGGAGCCCUGUGGCACAGUCUGCUGCAUUGGCUGGCAUUCCACCAACAUAAAUGCCAAGGCCAGUUCUUACACCAUAGUCCUCUUUGCUUUUUGUUUUGUUCUCCCUUGUGGAGUAAUUGUCAUCUACUCCCUUAUUCUGGUAAUUGUGAAAGAAUCCAGGAAAGCAGUGGAACAGUACGUCUCAGGUCCUACCAGGAUGAGCAAUGCACAAACCAUUACUGUCAAGGUACUUGAGCAGGCUCCCCAGGGAAGUCGUCACAGCAACAAGCCUGACAGAGUGCAAGAAGUGUUUGGGCAAUACUCUCAAGCACAUGGUGUGGUUCUUGGGGAUGGUCCUGUGUAG